AUGGAAGUGGGAUUGCAUUUCGUGGAUUUUGUGACUUGCCUCCUAAAGUCAAAGAGUGGAAAUGAUACCGUUUGGGCUGUGGUGAAUAGGCUUACUAAAUCUGCAGUGUUCAUACCAAUGAAGGAGACCUGGAAGAUGGAGCAACUUGCAAAAGCUUACAUCAAGAAUGUUGUGAGGUUACUUGGAGUUCCAAAGGACAUUAUGUCUGAUAGAGAUUCUAGGUUUCUUUUAAAGUUCUGGAAGAGCGUGCAGGAAAACUUUGAUAUGUUGAGAGCUUAUGUCAUAGACUUCCAAGGGGGAUGGGAAGAUAACUUGGACUUAUAUGGAAGCAUUGGCAUGGCUCUAUUUGAGGCAUCAUAUGGAAGGAAGUGUCGUAGUCUUGUAUGUUGGAACGACAUAAGGGAAACAAUGAUCUUAGGGCCACAAUUGAUUGAAGAUACAGUUAAGCAGGUAAAAGUGAUUCAAGCUAAGAUUCAAGCAGCACAAGAUCGUCAAAAGAGUUAUGCAAAUUUGAAGCGUAGGGAAGAAGAGUUUGAAGUUGGUGACAAAGUAUUGUUGAAAGUAUCAUCAAUGAAAGGUGUCAUGAGAUUUGGGAAGAAAGGAAAACUUAGCCUAAAAUAUAUUGGUCCAUAUGAAAUAUUACAGAGGAUAGGCAAAGUAACUUAUAGGUUGGUCUUACCUAUGGAACUAAGUAAAGUGCAUGAUGUAUUUCAUGUGUCUCUGCUAAGGAGGUAUAUACCUGAUAAGUCACAUGUGCUACAACCUAAAACAAUUGAAUUAGAUCAAAACUUAACUUAUGAGGAAAGACCUGUCAAGAUCCUUGACAGUAAAGUGCGUAGUACACGCAACAAGGAAGUUAAGAUUGUUAAAGUGCUAUGGUCUAACCAAGAAUAUGAGGAAGCAACUUGGGAAGCUGAGGACGAGAUGAAAAAGAAAUACCCUGAGUUGUUUGAGUUAUUACAAGUACUUUCGAUUUCAAGAAGACAUUAA